UAAAAAAAAACCCUCUUCACAUGAAUAACGGUCGGCACCGAUGACAAGGGGCCCGAGAUGGCAAAGGAGACUCCGCGCUCGCUUUCUUUCCCACUGUUGUUGUUGAGGCUAUCCCGUGGGGGCCACUUAGGAGGCUCCUGUAGGCAGGAUGCAACGUCUGGAGACCCCCGAGCGGCAUCCGCCAGGGCUUGGGAAGAAAAUAAGGGCCCUGGAAAAGACGGCCCGGCCCCAAAAAAGCGAAGAGGAAAAGGGGUGAGUUCACCGGGACGCGCUCGCAAACACUCUGUGCACCUGCAGCGUGACCGUGUGUGAAGUCGAGGACACACACGCACAUGCAUACAUGCAGGUGGUCCAAAGAAAAAGCUGUGAAGUGUUUGCCCGGUGCAGGAUUAUCCCCCCUCCUCCCUACCACAACCACAUCGGAAGCAAACACUUCCUCCACUCUUGCAAGAUUGAUUGUUCCCUCCGCUUACUGUAUAACGUCAUCGUUCUGAAUCAUCAUUUACAAAGCAGGCUCAUGGUUGCGAUAUGAUUUAAGUUGCACUCGAAGGUUUUUGGAGGGGUCAGGUUGGAGGAAGAAUCAUUGUGUAUUAUCCCCUCUAGUGGCCGGUUAAACAAACACAUCAUUGACAACACAAAGAUUGGCUUUGGAAGCAUGAAACAUGAAUUGAACGUCCGCAUGCCGAGUGAUGAGGCAAACCCCCCUCACGGCCUCACCAAAAAUCGCCGUGCUUGAAAUUUCGUGACUCGUUCUUUUCCACGUGCUACUUUCCCCGAAAGUUGAUGGUUAAGACUCGACCCGCUCUUCCAGCUUGCCCAAAUGUGAGCGACUCCCACCUCUGGCGUCUACCAACGGUUCCUUUUCGAAAACUGUCUGCGAGGCGAGCGGAAGCACAAACCGUGGCACACUUUAAUGAGGGCGCCCCACCGCCCAAGGGAGGCGCCGGCCUUCAUCGUGAUAGAGGGAAGAGGAGCCAAACGGACUUUUUACAUCUGCAGCAUCGGAAAAGACGCCCGCUACCACCUCAAGGUUCAGGAUGGGCUGCACGUGCAGUGGCCAUGCGGUGGAUGACAACUUUUACAAAAGAAAGAGCUGCUCCUUGGACACCCUGGCGUCAAAUCACAUGAUUUGGGGCGGAGAAACUUCCUGCGAUAACGAUGAUGUCGUGUUCGUGGCGCAACAUGACUUCGAGCCCACCAACCCCGGCGAACUGUCUUUCGGGAAGGGAGACCGAUUCGAGGUGCUGCAGGAGAACGGAGACUGGUGGCUGGCUCGCUCGCUGGCCACGGGAGACGAGGGCUUCAUUCCGUCAAACUACGUCGCCCGGGCAGACAGCCUCGAGGUGGAGAAAUGGUUCUUCAAGGAUGUGAGCAGGAGAGAGACAGAAAGGUUGCUCCUCGCGCCCGGAAACAAGCCCGGAGCUUUCCUCAUCCGGGAGAGCGAGACGUGUCGAGGUUCCUUCUCGCUGUCCAUCCGAGAUUGCACAGCGGAGGCCGCCGGCGACGUGGUGAAACACUACAAGAUCCGCUCUCUGGACAUGGGAGGCUACUUCAUCUCUCCGUCCAGCGCCUUCCCGUCCCUGCAGGAGCUGGUCAAAUACUACACAUGUACGGCGGACGGUUUGUGCCAGCGUCUCUACGCCCCCUGCAAGAAGCAGCCACCCCAGCAGCCGUGGGCUCCGGACGAAUGGGAGAUUCCUCGCGAGACGCUAAGACUGGUCAAGAAACUCGGGGCCGGACAGUUUGGAGAAGUAUGGAUGGGUUACUAUAAGAACGCGCUGAAGGUUGCGGUCAAGACCCUGAAGGAAGGCACCAUGGAGCCUCACGCCUUCCUGCAGGAAGCCAACCUGAUGAAGCAGCUGCAGCACGAGCGCUUGGUGCGACUCCACGCCGUGGUCACCCGGGAGCCAAUUCUCAUCAUCACGGAGUUCAUGAUCAACGGAUGUCUGCUGGACUUUCUAAAAACAGAUGAAGGAAAAAAGCUCAGGCUAAAUAAGCUGAUCGACAUGUCAGCACAGGCUGUGUCCGACGUUGUGCGCCGCCUCUUUCAUUCAAGACAGAUAGCCGAGGGCAUGGCCUACAUCGAGAGCAAGAACUCCAUCCAUCGGGACCUGCGGGCGGCCAACAUCCUGGUCAACGAGACGUUGCACUGCAAGAUCGCAGACUUUGGCCUGGCCCGGCUGGUCGAGUCGGAAUACACGGCGCAAGAAGGUGCGAAAUUUCCCAUCAAGUGGACGGCUCCCGAGGCCAUCAAUUACGGCACGUUCAGCAUCAAGUCGGACGUGUGGUCGUUCGGAAUCCUCCUGACGGAAAUAGUCACCUACGGAAGGGUACCAUAUCCAGGAAUGACAAACCCGGAGGUGGUCCGCAAGCUUGAGUGCCGCUUCCGCAUGCCGUGUCCGGAAGGCUGUCCGCAGGAGCUCUACCACGUCAUGACGGCCUGCUGGAAAGAGAGGCCCGAGGAGAGGCCCACCUUCGAGUUUCUGCAAAAUGUCCUUGAGGAUUUCUUCGUCGCCACCGAGGGACAAUACGAGAUGCAGACGUGACUUUG